GAUUCCUCGAGUAAGACUGAGCAGUUUCGCCGCUGCUGGUAAGCUAUGCUCUCGUAAACACGUGGGUUUAUUAAAAAUGCCGGUUGACACAAAACGUAUCCGUGGACCGGAAGAGUCGCAGUCCCCGCUACUCUUUCUGUCCCCGAACAAACCCCCCAAAGCCCCCACCGGCAGGCAGGGCGUCCGCGGGAACGGAGACGUGCGGCCGGUGUUUGCGCGGUGCGGGCUGGUCAGCCAGGCGAAGGGCUCCGCGUACCUCGAGGCUGGAAACACCAAGAUCAUCUGCUCGGUGUACGGGCCGAAGGAAACGGAACGAAGGGACGAAACGGACAUGAAAACCGGUCGGCUAGUUUGCGACUUCAGGCUCGCGCCGUUUUCCUGCGUGAAACGGGGAGCCUGGAUCCAGGGCAGCGAGGAGAGAGACCUGUCCGCCACUCUGAUGGAGAGCUUGCGGCCGGGGGUUUGCCUGCACAGAUACCCGCGCUCUCAGAUUGACGUGAAUGUCAUGGUUUUGGAGAAUGACGGCUCGGUUUUGGCGCACGCGGUGACCUGCGCCUCUAUGGCCCUGGCGGACGCCGGGAUCGAGAUGUACGACAUUGUUUUGGGUUGCGCGCUGCGGCAGAGCGGAAACUCGUGUCUCGUUGACCCGUCAUACCCGGAGGAGUGCGGGAGCUGGCAAGAGGGCUACGGGGACAACCAGGGGUGCGUCACCUUGGCUCUGCUUCCCAAUCUGAAUCAGGUGUCUGGCCUAAAUGCGGACGGGGAGAUGCGGGAGGACACUCUGACCGAGGCAAUGAGAACCUGCAUGGACGGCUGCCAUAAACUCUACCCGGUGGUUCAACAAGCGCUGACGCGGGCUGUCAAGAAGAAAGCGCCUCCGCCUGAGAAAUAGACUUUUGCUUGACGCUUCUUUAUGAAAACAGUUAAAAAAAUACAAUUGCUUAAAUUUUGUACAUUUAAAUGUGUAAUAAUGUAGAACCAAAUAAACUUCUCUGCAGUUUUAUCUCUUC